GAAGACCAAGAUGGCCCUAGGUCGCUCACCUGAGAAACACACCAUAACAGUGUAAACAUGUUUGACCUAGUGAUUUAAUGGAAACAAAUAUUCUGACCAAUUUUUAUUAACAUUGGAUCAAAAAUGUGGUCUCUUAAGUGUAAACAAGUAUUUUCUUCAAUUUGACCUAGUGACCUAGUUUUCAAGUCAAGAUGACCUGCAUUCAAACUUGAUCUAAAUUUGAUCAAGGCAAUCAUUCUGACCAAAUUUCAGCAACCUUAGUUGAAAAAAAAGCCUCUAUUGUAUACAAAAUGUUUUUGUUUGAUUUUUCAUAGCGACCUAGUUUUUGAUCCCAGAUGACACAUAUUCAAACUUGAACUUAAAUUCACCAAGGCAAUCAUUCUGACCAUAUUUCAUGAAAAUUAAUUGAAAAAUACAGUCUCUAUUGCAUACACAAGGUUUCUCUUUGAUUUGACCUAGUGACCUUGUUUUUGACCCCAGAUGACCCAUAUUCUAACUUAUUCUCGAUGUCAUCAAAAUAAACAUUCUGACCAAAUUUUAUGAAUAUCCAGUGUAAAAUGCAGCCUCUAAUGCGUACACAAUAUUUUUCUUUAAUUUGACUUGGUGACCUCGUUUUUGAUCCUAGAUACCCCAUAUUCAAAGUCCACUUAGAUUCGAUCCAGACAAACAUUUUGAUCAAAUUUCAUGAAGAUCUGAUAUAAAAUGCAGCCCCUAUUGCAUACACAAGGUUUUUCUUUGAUUUAAGUAGUGACCUAGUUUUUAACCAAAGAUAACCCAUAUUUGAUCUUGGCCUAGAUUAUAUCCAGGCAUCAUUCUGACCAAAACUGAUGAAGAUCAAUUGAAAAAUACAGCCUCUAUAGUACACACAAUGUUUUUCUUUGAUUUGACCUAGUGACCUAGAUUUUGACACCACAUGACCCAUUUCCAAACUUGGCCUAAAUUUUAUCAAGACAAUCAUUCUGACCAAAUUUCACGAAGUUCAGUUGAAAAAUACAGCCUCUAUCGCAUACACAAUCAAUGUUUUUCUUUGAUUUGACCUAGUGACCUAGUUUUUGACCCCACAUGACCCAUUUUCGAACUUGGCCUAGAUUUUAUCAAGGUAAUCAUACUGAUCAAAAUUCACGCAGAUCUAUUGAAAAAUACAUCCUAUAUCGCAUACACAAUGUUUUUCUUUGAUUUGACCUAGUGACAAAGUUUUUGACCCCAGUUGACCCAUUUUGAACUUGGCCUAGAUUUCAUUAAGGUAAUCAUUCUGUCAAAAUUUCAUGAAGAUCAAUUGAAAAAUACAGCCUGUAUCGCAUACACAAGCUAAAUCUUGACAGACAGACAGACGACUGACGCCGGACAUUGAGCGAUCAAAAAAACUCAGCUAAAAAUAGAGUUUCCAAAUGGUUCAAUACGCAAAUGAGCUACGUCCAUACCCGAAUAGUAGAAACAUGGAGAGGAAUUAGAUAAUGAGCACAGUCGCAUCCACGUGAUGCAAGAUACAUCGAACAAACAUUUUGUCGUAGUUUGUGUUCUGCGCCUUCGUAAUAUAAUUCCGUCUCGCAUCUGACCACUGAACAGUGAUUUUAUUCAACAACAAAACACUGUUUUGAAUACAUUACUUCUUAAAGAGACUAACCCAUCCAUUUUAGGCGAACAAUAAUUUCCCUCAUAAAUCCAUAAAAAGUGAGUACUCUGAAAGUGACUAAUGGUACACGUUUAUUGACAUAAGAGUUUUGCAAGAUAUUCUUAUAAAUAACCAAACGUAUUGUGCACAAUUCACUUUAAGCCACGAAUAUUUCAUUUUCUGUGCACUUUUUUUUUUUUAUUUCUGAUCACUGAUUGUUCCUUCUCUUCAGAAUUGGUUAGUCUCACUUGACUGAGCAACUGACCUCGCUAACUGUUGUCAUUACAAGCUGGCAAAUCAAACCCCGCGACCUUAGAAAUAACCUCUUUUCUAAUUGAGGUGACUCUGGCUGAACGCGCUCAGCGGAUUAGAUAUUAUUAAACCCGAGGAUGGAAAAGUGGCGUUUUUUAAACAUGCCAAACAUCUUACUUGUCACAAAGGUUAACUUCGUCGUUACCUUCGAACGCAUGGUCAAGAUGUGAAAACAAACCUCAUUGUGCUAAAAAAUUCAAGCAUCGAAUGCCCGGAUGUCACAUUCACGAGAUUAAGCGGUAGAGGAAUUCAACAAGACGACAAUUAUAAGACAUUUAUGGGAUGGAUCACCGAAGGUGGACUUAGAUAUGCCUAUGGGGUUCAACACGGCAUUGACAUAUCCCUUUACCGGAAGAAGGUCGAUAAAGAAAUGAAACGUCAUGUGAUAAUUGUUGGUGCCGGUAUGGCAGGGCUGUCAGCGGCGUAUGAACUGGCUCAAAUUGGUCAUCAGGUAACGAUACUGGAGGUACAGUCCCGCGUUGGUGGUCGUGUUAAAACAAUUAGAGAAGGUUUCACAGAAGGACUUCACUCUGAAGCUGGCGACUUCCGCCAAACCAUUACCUCACUUGGCACUACUUGAAUCUGUUCGACAUAGAAACCGUACCUUUCCGGAAUGUAAAUGAUAGGGGAUAUCUAUAUCUGUAUGAGGAAAAGAUAAGAAUGGAGGAUUGGAAGAAAUACAACAAAGAAUAUAGUGAUAAACUAUGGCCUGGCUGGGACAAAAAUCUUUCUCAAGCUGACAAAGACACCUAUGACAUUGAUGGAAUUUUAAGUUACUACGAGGCUACGAUUCAGCCAGUGAUAGAUGAACUGGGACCGGAUCCAUCGGAAGAAAAAUGGCACGAGUGGCUGUUUAAAUGGAGUAAACUCUCAGUGGAAGAUUUCCUAAGAGGGUUAGGUGGCGACGAAAUGAAGAGUUACCCGCUUACUCCAUGGGCCGAGCCGGCCAUUGAAGGCUACAAGGUAUCUACAUAUACACCAAUGUUUGGAGAGGAUUUAGCCACGUAUCUUCGAGAGGAUCUUGGCAAAUGGUGGGCGGAUCCUCUCAAAACACCAAAGCUUGGAAUGGACACCCUGCCAAAGGCGUUCACAAAAAGGAAUAAAAAUGGUUGGAACCCAGAUGUCGAUCUCUCCAAAAACAUCAAGUUUGGAAUCAUGGUUACAAAGGUGGAAAACACCGAAAAGUAUGUAAAGGGCAAAAAGGUCAAGAAGGUCAUUGUCACUGGAAAUAACGCAAGUACUGGACAUGUGGAAUCUGUUGAAGGAGACGCCGUAAUUCUGACGUUACCGCUACAAAUCCUGCGACAGAUUGACAUACCAUUCAGCAUAGAAAAACAGAAAGCCCUUUCACAAAUUUCAUAUGGUGCCUCAACAAAAGUUAUGCUGCAAUGUAAAACAAGAUUCUGGCAGAAAGAUGUAGGCCAUGGCGGUUUCAGCAAAACUAACAUGAUGAUCGGACAGUUACAUUACCCGUAUUACGAAGAGUCCGGAAUCGGUGACGAUGAGAGGGGAGUGUUGAUGGUUUACACAUGGCAAGAAAAUGCAUUGACGUAUGGCUCGCAACCAAAGGACAUAGCUAUUCGCAGUGCUGUUCAUGACAUAAGCAAGAUUCAUUCCCAGAUUAAGGACCAGUUUGAGGUUGGCGUCGUACAGGCAUGGUCCAGUGAUCCAACAUCCGAAGGCGCCUUUGCUCUUUUGAAGCCUUUUGAGUACAUAGAUCAUAUGAAAAUCCUGACGAAACCAACAGAGACAAUCUACUUGGCAGGAGAGGCACUGUCCUGGAGCAGUGGGUGGAUUCAAGGAGCUAUAUUUUCCGGUCUGAUGCAAGCCUACUGUUUUCAGUCGCAUCUAGAGGAUAAAGAAGUACGCACACCUGUAUCUUUGAUGCUUGGAAAGAAGUAAUUGGUUGUUUAAUGAUUAUCUCAAUUAAACAACAUCAAGAUUUACUUUAAGAGUUGAAACAUUUGAUCUAAAAAGGACUUUAAAAUAAUCACUUUAUACGUGUCAUUCUGACCCCAUUUAUUCCUUAUCGGGUUAGUAAUUUUCCAUGUAAGGUUAAAAUUAUCCAAGGUGGUUGGGGGAGGGCGGAGAGAAAAACAGCCAAUCGACUAGUUUCUUCUCCCUUUUCUGUGUGCAAAAACUAAGGUGGAACACCAGGUAGGGGGUAGAAACCAAACUGGUUUUUACACCGGAUACGGAAUAUACGAUAUAUCGGACGUAAAGUAGUUUGUAGAAAUAAUUUUGUUGAUAUGACAUGUACAUGUAUAUGUUCUCUGUAGGUGCUUAUUUUCAUCUUAAUCAGAUCUUUUAUUAUCAUAUUGAUUGCAAAUGGGAUUUUUUCUUGUACGUCAGUUAUAAGAAGUGGAAGUACUGCUCGUAUGAAAAUACCCAUAGGUAAAUACCACAUGGUUUGAAACUGGUCAGUUAAAGCCAUGUUACCAUUGACUAGUCGGAUAACUGUUCUAACGUUUUAGAAUAAUGCUGUAAAAUGAAUGAAUGAAUGAAGUAGUAGUACACUAAUCGUGUGUUCUAUAUUAUUGUAAUCAUUUUUCUAAAAAAGUUUUUGUCUAAUACCUAUAGCUGUGUAACACUUAUAAGAUAGGAGAUGCCAGAAUCAUGGAUAUCCAAACAGAUUAAACACUUAAUUGUUUAGAAGUUUUUACGAAUAUCAGAUCACUCAGGUUAGAACAUGAUGGACCAGCAACUUCUAAAAUCAUAUUACCACAGCAGUAUAAGAAUAUAAAUAGUAGUAAUUACUCUCAAAUUUAUUGUAUUUGAGUGGAUAAUGUUCACAGUAAAACAAAUAUACUAUUGAAAAGCUUUCAUUCGACCUGAUGUGAAGCAUUUAGAUAAAUUAUUGUUCUAACGAAAUCCUGGCAGUUGUGACAGUUCGAUAUGUAUAUAAAAUUUAGCCUCAUGAACAGGGGAUUAUGAAUGAGCCUGGAAGGUUUAUAUUAUUAAAAACGUCAGUAAUCUUAACCUGGUUUUCAUACUAGUGAUUCGUUUUCUUAGGUGUGCAUGUAAUGUCUAAUGUAAUUUACAAAUUAUAGGCUAAAUAUUGUAUUUUCUCCACAUUUAUAUUGCUGAAUUAUAAUCAGGUAUUAUAUAUUUCAUUAAAGCUCUGUA